CGACAAGCAGACCUCACACAAAGACAGAUUUCUCUUAUUAAGACAACACUGCAGCAGUCAAAGUCAAAAUGUCUUAUCCAGUUGUUGUUCAGCCCCAGAUGUUCCAAACAUCUCAGCCCACCAGCAGCGAAUGGAAUUCUAGCUACUGUGACUGCUGUGCAGACACAUGCACCUGUCUUUGUGGAACAUUUGUUCCCUGUAUCUUGGCUUGUAAAGUGGCCUCAGCAUUUGACGAGUGCUGCUGUCUACCAGUAUUAUGUGGAACAACCAUUGCAUUGCGCACAGGAAUCCGGGAGAGAUACCACAUCAAGGGCAGUAUUUGCGAUGACUGUGUGAAACUCACAUUCUGUGCUCAGUGCACUCUCUGCCAGAUGUACCGGGAGUUGAAAGAGAGAGAAUAAAGAAAUUAUAGUCGUAACAGAGGAAGACUAUGGCUUGGUGUCACUUGGACAAUACAAUUUCUAUGAAUCAUUUGUAUAGGGCUAAAAACAUUCAAACUAUGUUUGUAGCAUACAUCAAACUGGACAAAUGAAGCAGAAUUGUGCACAAAGGACUAUAUAAUUUUGUGCAAGAAAUUACACACAAAUAAUAAUUUCAAGAAAAAUCGAAUAAAGCAAAGUGGUAAAAAAACCA